AUGGACGCAGGAGUCCCGGGCCUGGCCGAGGGCUCCCUGGGCCGAGGUGGAAGGGGCCUGCGAGGCUCCCGGGCUCGGGCUCCGGUCGUGCGGCGGCAGCGGGAGUUCACCCCCGCGGAGAAGAAGGACCCGGUGUAUUGGGAGAAGCGCAGGAAGAACAAUGAGGCGGCCAAGCGCUCCCGGGAGAAGCGAAGGUUGAACGAUGCGGCGCUGGAGGGCCGGCUGGCGGCUCUGCUGGAGGAGAACGCCCGCCUACGCGCUGAGCUGAGGGCCUUGCGGCCAGGCCUCGGCCUCCCGGGGACCCCGGGGGGAGCCCUCCUUUGGGGAUCCCCCUGGACAGCAGAGCCCCGGGCCCCCCGCCUGGAGCCCCUGCUGCCCACCGUCCUGAGGCCAUGUGCCCUGGGCGCAGUAGACGCAGGACUCUCGGGCUGCAGAUGCGGCCUCAGGUCCCCCCAGAACUCUGCACCCCAGACCCCUAAGAGAGUGGACCUGGCACUCCCCGCCACCUUCUUCAAUUACCACGUCCUGGAUGGGCCCGGUGCAGAACUCAGGGCCUGCUGGGGGCUGUGGUCUCCCCUGCACCCUCAGCUGUCCCCCAGCUCUGAGCCCCUAGGCCUGGCACCUAGGGUGCCCUACCCUGUCCCCCCAAACGGUGAUGAGGACCCUGAGGGUCUGACUCAAGCCUCCCUUCCCCACAAACUUCGCCUCAAGUCCCGAGGCUCCAGCAGGGGACCUCGGGUGUGGGAGGGCAGCCAGGGACCCCUCUGA